AAUUAAGCACGCUCGCUCGCUUGAGAGAUCACAGUGUAAAUUCUUGCUUUGUGAUUUCACUGGAGUGUGGAUCAGUGGAAAUGUCUUAAUUGACCAAUGUCCAAUGAGGAUUUUGGCUUUGGCUAUUCGAAGACCCCUGUAAUAUGUGGUCUCUGUUGCUUUAUUCAAGGAACCAUUUUUUUUAAAAAAGAUUUCAAGAUAGACACUAUGUUAUAUUAGUGGGGUAAAAUAAGUAAUAACUCAACAGGUUUGUCUUGUGUUUUGUACCCUUAGAAUAUGAAAAUUAAAGAGUAUUUGUUUUUCAUGCUUUUUAUCAGAGGAAACAAUUAAAAGUUUUUUUCAGCUUAAAUCUUUUUUAUUAUUGUCCUGUGUUUUAGUCAAAGCUAGACAUGGGCAUUUUGGAUAUCGGUUCAGAUAUUUUGGAUUUCGGGUAAUUCGGGUAGGGGGUUAGAUGAUUCAUUUAAUACUUGACCUAUUUUUGGUUUGGUUCAGAUAGUUUCGGGUUCGGUUCAGAUAGUAAAAUUAGAAACUGGGAAAUACCUAAAAAAUAUUUUGUUUUCAUUUGGUUCUGGUUUGGGUUCGGAUUGUUCGGAUAUUUCGGGUAAUUCAGAUAAAAUAUUAGUUAUUUAGGUUAAAAUAUCAAAUAAUUAGAAUGGUUUAGAUAAGAAUUUUGGAUAUUUUGGAUUACUUUAGAUAUUUCAAAUAAAAUUAUCCAGAUAGUUUCGGAUAUUUUCAAGUAGUUUGGAUACUUUAUAAUAAUUUAGUUAUCCUCGACUAUUUUCAUAUACUUUUAACAGAUCUUUAAACUAAAAAUAUAUAUUUAGUUAUAUCAUAUGUAUAUAAUUAAUAUUUUUAUAUAUUCGGGUAUCUAUUCGGUUCUCGGUUCAGUUCCAGUUCGGUUCGGUUAUUUCAGAUAUAAAAAUAUAGAAACCAUUCGGGUAUUUGAAAGUUUUGGUCCGAUUUUAGAUAUUUUGGUUCCGGUUCGGUUAUCCAGUUUCAGUUUUUUUUUCCAGACCUAGUCAAAGCCUUAGUAUUAGGAAACUUCACACGAGUCAUGACCGAAAGAAACAAAAACUAGAAGAGAGAAAUAGCGCAGAAGAAAUGAAAUGGAAACAAAACAGAGUGCAAUGACCAAAGACUUUGGUGUGUUGACUAAAUCUCCACGUCACGCCAGAAGAAGAGGAAGAAUGACACGUGGGCUAGUGCAACGGUUUAAAAGUAAUAACCACAGAUAUCACCAGCCUCAAAACCUCUCCACACGUCAAUUCUCCAAACCACAUUUUCAUUUCUCCAUCAAAAAAAGAAAUAUAUGAUUUUUGGUGAGAAUUGUGAAAGAGGGAAAAUAAUAGCCACCCACUAGUAUAUAUAUCAUCAAAACCAUGAACCAUAGUCCACCGUUUUUCUCUCCCUCAAGUCAAAUCAUAACUAAACAUCCAUCAUUCUCCUCCCAUCAUCGAUCAUUACAGACGAGAAGAUGGUGAAAUCCUGUGAGCUGUGUGGUGCAGAAGCCGAUCUCCACUGCGCCGCGGACUCCGCUUUCCUCUGCCGCUCCUGCGACGCCAAGUUCCACGCUUCUAACAUCUUGUUUUCCCGCCAUGUCCGCCGCAUCAUCUGCCCUGGCUGCAAAUCCCUCACCGGAGAUUCCUUCUCUGGUCCUCUUUCCCCUUCGCCUCCGACAACAACCUGCUGCUCUGGAACGUCUUCGGAGUCUUCUUGCUGCUCGUCGCUGGAUCGUGUCUCCAGCUCCGAGCUAUCGUCAACGACGAGGGAGAAGACGAAAACGUCGCGUGCCGUCGUGAACAAAGCGCGAGGGAGGGAAAAGGGUGUUUUGGUAAAAUGGUGCGAUGAGUUAGGACUAGACGGAGAUUCUAGAAACGCCGUCGUUUCGUUGGCGUCUCUCGCUUUGGCCGUGGAGAAGCCGACGAAGGUGAUUUUAGCGGCGGCGUUUUGGUUCGGCGUUAGGAACUCGCCGAAGAAGGUGAUGCGGCCGAGUCUAAAGAAGGUGGCUGAUGUGAGCGGGGUUGCAGCUGGAAUGAUACGAGCCGUCGAAAGCAAGCUGGCGCGUGCAGUGACGUUGCAGCUUAAACGGUGGCGCGUGGACUCGGAGGAAGGAUGGGGUGAAAACGAGAAUGUUAUGUGACGUGGGUCCCGUAUUGCACCUAGGCCUUUUUAGUGAUACAAGUUAUAUGUAUAAUCGACGUGUUGAUUUUUCUUUCCAAACGUUUAAAAUGGUUCUGGAGCCUCGUGAGAUGGUAGAAAAUUCUUUAUAGUAGUGUCGAGAAUCUGGAGAUUGAAAUUCCAAAUUGGUCUUCAAGUUCAGUUGCUGUAAUGAUUAAGUCCAAUAUUCAAACGAGUUGAAGAAAAGGAUAUAUUGGAUCGAAAUUAUUGGUGUUAUGUAACCUAAUCUAAAUUAAGAUAUUCUAAAAACUAAAUAUAUAUACCUGUAAAAUGUAAAUAUUUAUAAGAACUCUACGACUAAGCAUGGUUUAAGCUUAAACUCUUUAGUUUUUGAUAACACAAAAUUUUAACUUUUAAUCACACUGCAAAUGCAUACUAAAUCACAAUAGUAUAUAAAGAUUGAAUCCACAAAUAUCAAGAUUAUACUACAAAUAACAAAAAAAAGAAGAAGAUAAUAGAUUGUUUCUCUAAAGCUAAGUAGAAAA